AUGUGGGUGAUCGGACGCUCUUCUCCGUCGAAGCCAUCAACGGUCGAACAACUUGAAACUAAAUCAGCAAACCUCUUCUGCUUCACUCUAGCGUGUACUCCACGAUUCCUAACUCAUGUGAGAUAUGCCACCGCGAGAUAUCCAAUUUCUGCGACAACAGGUGAUUUCAAUGGUGAUAACAGAACUGAUUUAGCCGUUGCUAGUAACUAUGAUAGCGUCGUCAGUAUAUUGCUCGGUAACGGCGACGGAACCUUUCAAAGUCAGGCCAUAUAUGCCACUGGAAACCUUCCAGCUUUUGUGACAACGGGUGAUUUCAAUGGUGACAACAGACGUGAUUUAGCUCUCGCAAAUAGUUAUGACAACACCGUCAGUAUACUGCUCGCCAACGGCGACGGCACUUUUCAAAAUCAACUCACAUAUGGCACUGGCGCUGUUCCACAGUCUGUGACAACAGGUGAUUUUAAUGGUGAUGGCACAACUGAUUUAGCUGUUGCAAAUAACGGUGAUAACACCAUCAGUAUAUUGCUUGGUAACCGCUACGGAACAUUUCAAACUCAACUCAUUUAUCGCACUAGCGUUUCUCCUCAGUCUGUGACAACAGGUGAUUUUAAUGGUGAUAAUAGAGCUGAUUUAGCUGUUACGAAUAUCGGUGAUGACACCGUUAGUAUACUUCUCGGUAAGGGCAACGGAACGUUUCGAACUCAGAUGAAAUAUACUACGGGGAGUUCUCCGUUUUCUGCGACAGAAGGUGAUUUCAAUGGUGAUAACAGAACUGAUUUAGCUGUUACAAAUACCGGUAAUAACACCGUUAGUAUACUGCUCGGUAACGGCAACGGCACUUUUCAAAGUCAAGUCUCUUAUACAACUGGGAAUUCACCAUAUUCUGUGACAACAGGUGAUUUCAAUGAUGAUAAUAGAACUGAUUUAGCUGUGGCAAAUCUCCAGGAUACUACCGUCAGUAUACUGUUCGGUAACGGCGACGGAACAUUUCAACAUCAAGUCCAAUAUACAACUGGGAACGCACCAUGCUCCGUGGCAACAGCUGAUUUUAAUGGUGAUCACAGAGCUGAUUUAGCUGUCGCAAAUAGCGAGCAGAACACUGUCGGUAUAUUGCUCUCUAACGGCAAAGGAAUAUUUCAGAGCCAAAUCACUUAUCACACUGGGAUGUUGCCACAGUCUGUGAUAACAGGUGAUUUCAAUGGUGAUCACAGACCUGAUUUAGCUGUUGCAAAUAACCUUGAUAACACCGUCAGUAUAUUGCUUAGUAACCGCAACGGAAUAUUGCAGGGCCAGAUUACUUACAACACUGGGAGUUUUCCAUAUUCUGUGACAGGAGGGGAUUUCAAUGGCGAUAACAGAACUGAUUUAGCUGUUUCAAAUAGCUUUGCUGCCACCGUCAGUAUAUUUCUCGGUAACGGCGACGGAACCUUUCAACGUGAAGUCCCAUAUAACAGUGGACAUGUUCCAUAUUCUGUGGCAACGAGUGAUUUCGAUUGCAAUAACACAACCGAUUUGGGUGUUGCGAAUUCCGGUGAUAACACCAUCAGUAUACUGCUCGGUAACGGCAAUGGAACAUUUCAGACUCAAGUGAGGUAUACCACUGGGAAGUUUCCAUAUUCUGUGGCAACAGGUGAUUUCAAUGGUAAUAACAGAGUUGAUUUAGCUGUUGCAAAUACCGGUGAUAACACCGUUGGUAUAUUCCUAGGUAACGGCAACGGAACAUUUCAAAGUCAACUAACAUAUAGAACUGGGGUUUCUCCACAGUCUGUGACAACAGGUGACUUCAAUGGUGAUCACAGAAUUGAUUUAGCUGUUGCAAAUACCGGUGAUAAUACUGUCAGUAUACUGCUCGGUAAGGGCGACGGAACAUUUCAAAUUCAGGUCACAUAUAGCACUGGGGUUUUUCCACAUUCUGUGACAACAGGUGAUUUUAAUGGUGAUCACAGGCCUGAUUUUGCUGUUGCAAAUACCGGUGAUAACACAGUCAGUAUAUUGCUCGGUAACGCCCACGGAACGUUUCGAACUCAGGUGAAAUAUACUACUGGGAAUUCGCCAGUUUCUGUGGCAACUGGUGAUUUCAAUGGUGAUAACAUUACUGAUGUAGCUGUUGCAAAUCAGGAGGAUUCCAACGUCAUUAUAUUUCUUGGUGCGUGUGACUGA